AAAUUCGGUCAUGUGAGGAAGCCCAGCGGCCGUUAGUGGGAGAAGAUGGAGCGAGAUGGAUUUUAUCCGAUAUUUUGCUAAUUUUCUGAUCGAUGAAACACUUGAUCUCAAUACGAUUUUCUUUUAUAAAAACUAGAAUAAUUUACGAACAGAGUGGACUAAGUUUUUGUAGACGUUACCCUUUGCCAAAGUUUUUUUUUAAACUGCGUUGUUUACAAGGUGUGAAAGGGCGAAUUGCGUUAUUGCACACGUGCCUUUCACGUAGUAGGCGUUCCCUAACGGAAAUAUGCUAAGAACUGCUCGAACGCACCAAUAGGAUCUCGCUAUCCCGGUACUUGGCCCCGCCCACUAUGAUUCGAUAUCUACCAUCGGAAACGAGAGGCUGUGGCUUAUCUUGGGUCAGUUAUAAACCAACUUCACAGUGACAUUUUUAGCAGCUUGCUUCCUGGUUAUUAUAUAUACAUAUAUAUAUAUAUAUAUAUAUAUAUGUUUUAAACCUUUUUGUCGUGGUCUUACUGUGACUUUCACAGGGACUAGUUGUGAAAUCACUCCACUGAUAUCUCCAGUUAAUUUAUUACAAGUCAGAAAAUAGCCCACUGUGAUUUUCUUUGGAUAAUACUGUGCAGAUGCCACCACUUGCAAGGGCGAGUGGCAAAGGGGUGAAAAGAAGGCCCAAACUAGACUGGAGGUUUGUCCAGAGGUUCUGCAGCAUCCAGAGGGUUCUCUUCCCAUCAUGGUCCAGUCAGAACGUACUGAUGUUGGGGACGUUGGUGGGAGUCACACUCACAGAACAGAUGAUCAUUUACCAAGUGGGAGUCAUCCCCAGUCAGUUCUAUGAGGCCCUGUCUGACAAGGACUAUGGUGUGUUCAAGAACCUCGCAGGGUUGGCCUUCCUGCUUAUACUGCUCAACUCCACAUUGAAGAGUGUGGACCAGUAUAUAUGCAGUCUGAUGUCUGUGAGUUGGAGGAAGUCUUUAACAGAGAGUCUCCACAGAGCUUACUUCCAGGGGAAUGUUUACUACACACUCAACGUGCUCAGAGAGGACAUUGAUAACCCAGACCAGCGUAUCAGUCAGGACACAGAGAGGUUAUGUAAACAGAUGAGCACCAUGGUCAGCAGAUUGAUCAUCUCUCCAUUCACCUUGGUCUACUACACCUACCAAUGUUUCUAUAGCACUGGCUGGAUCGGUCCUGUUAGUAUCUUUGGCUACUUCAUAGUGGGGACUAUCACCAAUAAAAUCCUCAUGGGGCCAAUUGUGUCGACUCUGUUUGAACAGGAGAAACUGGAGGGAGACUUCAGGUUCAAGCACAUGCAAAUCCGGUCCAACGCAGAGUCUGCCGCUUUCUACAGAGCUGGCAAAGUGGAACACAUGAGAACAGACAGGAGACUGCAGACGCUGCUGCGAUGCCAGAAGAGUCUGAUGAACAAAGAACUCUGGCUGUACAUUGGAGUGAACACCUUUGACUACCUGGGUGGUAUCCUCAGCUACAUCAUUAUCUCCAUCCCCAUCUUUUCGGGUGUUUAUAACAACCUCAGUCCAGGGGAGCUCAGUGCCCUCAUCAGUAAGAAUGCCUUUGUAUGUAUCUACUUGAUAAGCUGCUUCAGUCAGCUAAUAGACCUGUCUACCACUCUGUCAGAUGUGGCUGGAUACACCCACAGGAUAGGAGAGCUGAGGGAAGUAAUGGAUGAUAUCUUGAGGACACGUUGUGACUACGACCCUGCAUCAGGAGAUUCCUACGACUUUGACAGUGACAAGGUCCACAGUGGUCCAGUAGACACAGCCUUCAUCCUGGACUGUGUGUCCUACAAGAGUCCCUUCUCUGAGCAGCUGCUGGUUGAAGAGCUGAGUAUCAAGAUCAGCCAGGGCUCCAAUCUGCUGGUGGUGGGAAACACAGGCACUGGGAAGACCUCCCUACUGAGGGUCCUGAACCGCCUGUGGGAGGCCGACAGCGGCUAUGUCCAGAUGACGACGUGUUUCGGUCCCAGGGGAAUCCUCUUUCUGCCUCAGAAACCCUACCUGACAGACGGAACACUCAGAGAACAGGUGAUCUACCCUCUGAAGGAGAUCUACCCUGUAUCAGGGUCAGUGGACGAUGAGAGAAUCAUACAGUACCUGGAACUAGCUGGAGUGUCUGGUCUCCUGAAGAGGACAGGAGGACUGGAUGAGCCUGUAGACUGGAACUGGUAUGAUGUUCUGUCUCCAGGGGAGAUGCAGAGGCUUUGCUUUGCCCGACUCUUCUACCUGCAGCCUAAAUACGCAGUGUUGGACGAGGCGACCAGUGCCCUGACAGAGGACGCAGAGGGGCAGAUGUACCGAGGCUGUAAGCAGCUGGGAAUGACCCUGGUCAGCCUGGGACACCGCAAAAGCCUAGAGAAGUACCAUGACGUCUCAUUGAAACUGUGUGGAGAGGGACGCUGGGAGCUGACCAAGCUUAAACAGGAGUGAUGCUUGAAACAAUGACUGGUCACAACCAAACAUUAACACAACCAAAAUGUAAAUGACCACAACCCAACCAAAGCACAACCACAAUAUGACUGGCCACAACACAACCACAAUGUAACUGACAAUCACUUAUUAACCAAAACCAGUGUUAAUUUUGGCACUCUUUUACAUUUAGUCUUAGUCAUUUUGACUAAAAUAUAAUUAAAUCUUGGUCACAUUUGUCAUUUGAAUAAUAAAUUAGUCAAAAUGACAAACAUUGGUCCAUUUUAGUCAACUAAAUGCCUUGUAAUUUUAGUCAUAUUUUAGUCACAUUUGUAUUGUCUCAUUAAGUAAAUAUACAGUGCCUUCAGGAAGUAUUCACACCCCUUGACUUUGUCCACAUUUUGUUGUUGUUUACAGCCUGAAUUUAACAUGGAUUAAAUGUAGAUUUUCUAUGUCACUGGUUUACACACAAUACCCCAUCAUGUCAAAGUGGAUUUUAUUUUUUAUUUUUUUACUAAUUAAUAAAAAAUGAAAAGCUGAAA